GGGGAAAGGAUCAUCCCUGCAGCUGUGGGCCUUCCUGGUGUUCCUAUGUGGAGCUUCAAUGGCAGGUCCACAGGGCACGGAGUUUGUUACAGUUUUUAUGCAGAAUUAUAAUCCAUCCUAUAACAAUACAUACCUUCAACUUUUUAUCACUGGAUAUCAAACGGAUACUACAGCAACUGUAUGGGUGAAUAAGUCCAACUUCAAAAAAAAUGUUAUUUUGAAACAAAGCUCUGUCUCCCCUACUACAAUUCCACCAAAUUUUGAGUUAUUGGGGGUCUCUAAAUCCUACAAUGUUGUUGUUGUACAGUCAGAUAAAGAAAUCUCAAUCACGUCCAUGAAUUUUAAGGCACUAAGUGCUGACACUAGUGUUAUCUACCCAGUUUCAAGUUUGGGAACAGAGUACUAUAUAGUGACUCCUUUGAAUGGUCCAAGUGAUUCUUUCAAGGAAUUUGCAGUAGUAAGUGCUGGUGAACCAACAAAUGUGGACAUCUAUCUCAAAGGAGAAGUCACCUUCCAAGAGGAAACUUACCUUGCUGGAAGCAAACUCACUGUUCUUCUUGAAGCAUAUAAUGCUAUUCAACUGUUGAGCAAAGAUGACCUCUCUGGAAGCAGAGUGGUAUCCCAGAAACCUGUGGCUGUGUUGAGUGGUCAUACUUGUUCCUGGAAGAACACACAGUGCAACCAUGUUUAUGAACAGCUCUUGCCAGUUUCCAGCUGGGACACCACUUUUAUUGUACCCCCUAUUGUUUACCAGACUAAGACUGACAUUGUGUUUGUAGCAGCUUCUCAGAAGACUACGAUUAACUAUCAAUCUGGAUCAACAAAAGAAUCCAAGGCCUUAUCUGCUGGACAAGUGGCAGUGUUAGAUGUAGAAGUUAAAACUCCACUUUUUAUUUCAGCCAGUGCUGGGAUUCAGGUAAUCUACUACUGUACUGGUUGGCAAGACAAACUUGGAACAUAUGACACAACCUUGAUUAAUAUUCCUUCAAUCAACAGUUACUGUUCAUCUUAUUACCUCAUCGGGUUUCAAGAUUUUGAUAACUAUGGUAUGUUGGUUGCAAGAAGUGAAGACGUCAGUAAACUGACUUUCAACAAAAAAGAAAUGUCAGGCUUGAGUUGGAGUAGCAUUAUUGGCACAGAAUAUUCAUGGUCAACCCAACCCUUAACCAAAGGAUUCAGUUUCCAAAUGCUGGAGAACCCAUCUUCUUUCCUGCUUCUGUCCUAUGGAACUACUCAAGAAAACAAUUAUGGUUCGCAAGCUAUCUGUAAGUCUUUGUUUCUAAAUUAUGGUUACUCUUUUAGUACAGGUUAUAUUUGA